GCUAACUCCGCGCGGUUGUCCUGGCUCCAGGACUACGAUACUCUUGACGGGAUUUGCGGGAGGCAAUAGUAUUCCACCCACUUGCCACUGAAGGCACGCCAUCGUGUGUUGUGUGCGGGUUUUUUUUUUUUACCCGGCAGCGCCUUGUAAACAAAAAUAACUCUGCUGGCGGCGGCAAGGGUGGCCCCGGUGGUUACAACCCCCAAAUAGCCACAAAGGCAACUACAGAGCUCCGUAGCGGAAUACAAAAAGUGGCAAGGGCACUCCUGGCUGCUUGGCUGCCAAGUUUUUCGGGGUUGCAGACAGUUGGCAAACAAGCUGUGAAUGCGACUCCAAAUGCCCAUAAACAUUCGGCGAAAAUAAAACCGCAACAUCAGUUGCAGUCGUAUAUUGUAUCUGGUAUCUGCGAGUGCACUUGUAUCUGUAUUUGAGCGGUGAAAAUGAGCGAAUCGAACGGAUAUCAGAAGCUGCCACCCGGCUGGGACUGCAAAUAUGAUCAGACUACUGGCAAUUGCUAUUACAUAAACUAUCUGACCAAGGCCAUGCAGCUGGAGGAUCCGCGCGGACGCAGUUACAGGCAGCUGCAGAACGAGCGCUGUUCCACGGAGUCGAUAGCCUUGCAGCAAAUGGUCAGUCAGUCGCAGACGUCGCACAACAGCUCACCGUACCACCUGGGCUCCUCGGCUCACGUCCAUCCCAGCAACAACUUGACGGCCAUCCGGGCCUUCCAGGAGCGCAACCAGCAGCCGACACUCCACAACAUCUCCACCAGCCCCCUGCUGUCCGCCUCCUCCCGAGGACACUUGGAAAUGUCUUCACCAUUGCCCUUUCAGCGGGCUCGUCUGGGUCCGAAUCUCUCACGACGCUCCACCAUCCAGGAGACCUCGUUUACCAACCAGGCCGAGACGGAUGCCGUGGUCACCAAAAUCCAGAACAUGUUCCCCACCGCGGACGACAACCACAUACGUCUGCUGCUCAAGCGCUACUAUAACCGCGAGGCCGUCGUCAUCAGUGCGCUGCAGGUGGAGAAGCAUCCGGUGACUAUGCCGGGUCCGUUUGUGACGCCUCCCGCCCAGCGUCACCUCUUUCACAGUAACUCCGCCUUCUACAUGACACCACCGGCGCGUCGUCCGGACACGGUGGCUAGUCGGUGCACCUCCCGCACGUCCAGCCCCCUGCCCGGCGGCCGCUUCGGUAGUCUCGUGAGCGUGCAGAGCGGUCCGGGGUCGGGUGCUCACCAUGCGGGCGUCCUGGCCUCCGGAUCGGCGGUGGCUUCGGCUCUGCACGGAUCACCGCAGUGGCGCAGCUCGCCCAGGCCGCACUCGUCGCCUAAGAUGAAACUAAGAUACAUGAAGAACAUAUUCCCCAAAGCGGAUGAAAUGCUGCUCCUGGAUGUCCUCGCCAAUGCGGAUAACAACGUCCAGUACGCCUCGGAGAAGUUGAUAUCCUUGGGGUAUACCAAGCGGGAAAUGCAACUGCCCCACAGACCCAACAAUCGUCCGCCGGAGUUGGCUCAAGAGCAGGCUGGCGGGGAUCAGGCCACCCAGCAUAUACCACUGCGACCCAAGGAGUACACCGAGGAGGAAAAGACCAAGAUGCAAACUUUACUGAAAGAGAAGUAUCCACAAAUUGCCGAACGCAUCAUUCUCAUGGCUCUGGAGUCGGUCAACUAUGCCGAGGAUCGGGCCACUCAGAUCCUGCAGAUCGUCCAGGACGAAGACGAACAGAGGGCCCAGAAACAAGCCUCAGCUAAUCCCAAGAACCUGGAGCUAACUUCGACCGCUGCUUCGGAACAGGUCGAUGGAGUCACCGGAGACAGGCAAGCCUCAUCCACAUCUGCAUCCAAGCUGAAGCCACCGCACAAGCGCCACAUAAUGCCAUCCAUCAAUGUCACCACACCGUCGACGGCCACCACCCAGAUUAUCCUGGCCCAGCCGGAGGAAGAGGUGGGCGACGGAAACCCUAACGAGGAGGAGCAGCAGCAGCCACAGCAGGAGCAUCGUCACCUGUCAUCCAUAUCGAGUGCAUCCUCAUCGCAUUCAUAUGUCUCACCUGCACAGUCACCCUGCUAUGAGCGCCUCACCACCAAGAGCAUCCUGGCCAAGGGAGUCCAGGGUCAGGGGCAGGCCAACCAGAACCACAACGACACUAACAGAAACUACAGCAUCAGCGGCUACCUGCAUGGCUCCUCGAAUGCUAGCUCCUACUCCUCCUACUCCAGUUCAAUGACGUCCUCAUCGCUGGCUUCCAACUCCAACUCCUCAUCCAUAGCGAAGGCCAUGCUCGAAAGUCGCGCUCGCACCAAAACCGAUUCGCUGAAGCACCGCCAGCACUCAUCGAGCUUUGGCAACUCCCAGAACUCCGAAUCCUCGGAAUUUCAAUCCAUCAUCGAAAGAAUGGCCAGUUUGGGACCCAAUUCGCAGCUAACCAAGGGAGCGGAUGAAAACCUACUACUAGCCGACUAUGUAACCUGGAAUGGUCCCAAUACCACGCUCCUUCAAAAGCAACCCACUCAGGGUCCAGACUCUAGCCUCCUGGGCGAUCGCAGCUACAAGCCAGCCGGCAGGAACUCGGAGCUAUGCAAAGGAGCUCAGUCCGGAUUGGCCAAAGGAAGCAUCUAUGCCCGGGGCAGCAACAAGAGUCCCAACAUCAAAUGCAACUAGGCGGGAUAACUAAAUGUCCUUUUUUCCCCUAGAGUGCCAAAAAAAUCGCAAGAAUCUUAGUGACUAGAGAAGCACAACCCUCCAUGAAACCAGACUUACCAUUUGUAUGUGUCGUGAAAUGUAUUUUGCUCUAAAUAUUUACCCUUUAGAUCUCCAAUCUCCCAAAAAGAACACAUUCCAUCCAAGCUCCAAUUAUUUUUUAAUAACUCGUAAAUAAACAGACUUUAAAAACUA